AUGACAGGAGCUGAAGUGAAGCAGAGGAUGGUUAACGGCAGCAAGGGAGAGAAGAAGAAAGAAGUAGAAGAAGAAAAGAAACAGAAGUACUGGGAGCCUUUAACAGAUGGAGUUAAAUGGAUUGAGAAGUAUGGUGAAAAUCUGGAGAACUUCUUCGAAAGACUGCCAGAAUUCAUCUCGACAUUCAUAGCGACGCUCGCUAUAUUCACGUUCGGGGCCACGCUGAGAGGAGAAUGGGUGGUGAUCCUGGUGACGGCGCUGAAGCAGCUGACUGGUCAGACACAGAACAAUACAAAUGCUACAGCCAUCCUAGAGUUGUUCUCCUCGAGAAACCUGAAGAUGGAGAACUUCACCAUGUUCUUCUUUGGAGCCCACAUCGUGUCGUUGACUACUUACUUCUUCAUUGGAGGUUUCUUGCAUUGGUACUUCUACAUGAAUAGAAGACACCGUGCCAAGGAAUGGAAGAUCCAACCUGACAAGUGGCUUUCCCCUGAGCUUGAACGUCACGAGAUUAUGGUUGGCACCAUAUCACUCCUAAUUGUCGGUAGUUUCUCUGCUUUCCUUGCCUGUUACAUCUACAACGGCAACCCUUCUUCCGUCUACUUCCAAUUCGAUGAGUACGGCUGGUUGUGGUUCUUCUUGCAGUUCCCUGUCAUCUUCUUGUAUGCUGACUACACGACGUACAUUCUCCAUCGUUUGUACCAUACUCCAUGGCUGUACAAGCACUUCCACAAGCUUCACCACAAGUACAAGCAGCCGACUGCUUUCUCUGUUACUGCCAUCCAUCCCGUCGAGAUCCUGCACGUUCAGCUCACCAGCUGUCUACCAUUAUUUGCCAUCCCUGUACACUGGCUGUCAUUCUACUCGGUCGCUAUAUACGUGUAUUACCACGGCAUCAUCGACCACUCUGGUAUCAACUUCAAGGCUCAGUGGUGGCAGCCGUGGCAGCCUGACGCUGAGUUCCACGACCAGCACCACGAGUUCUUCCAUUGCAACUUCGGGUUCAACAUGUCUUUGUGGGAUAGGUUGCACGGUACCAUGAGGAGGCAGAACCGUGCGUACACUGAAGAUACGUACCACGGUGAGGCUCCAACUAUCGACAGUCCCGAAGGUAAAGCCAUCUUGGCAACAAACCCUGACCUUAUUGACAGCAAGGUCCUACUUGAGGAGAUCCCUGAAGUAAUUCAGAAUAUCAAGACAUCUAAGACUGAAGUUGAUACUAAUAAGACUAAGUAA